AUGGCUGAUAAAAGAAAAAAGAUUUUAUUUACAAAAGAAACAAUUACCACUAGACGUCCAGUGAUCCUAAAAUCUGACCGUGAAACUACGAAAGAUCAAAAUAAAGAAAAAUUGGAGAAAGAGAAACAACCCACAAUUAUUUUAAAAACACGAGAACAAAGCACACCCAAAGAAGAUAGGCCACAAAGUCCAAAAGCUCAAUCUUCUGAGAGUGAUGGUUACCAUCCUAACAAAAUUGCUCAAAAUGAAAAUAAGGAUAAAAAGAUUAUAGAACCAAAACCAAUUCCUAGCCUGAAACUUAUGACAAAACCUGUGAAAUUACUAGAUGAAAAUUUAGACUUCAACCAAUCUGCUUUGAAGUUCCUUCAAGAUUGUAACACCAAUUAUCUAGUCAUUGGGAUAAUGGGUAUGCAAGGAGUAGGGAAAUCAAUGAUAAUGAAUUUAAUUUAUCAAAACACUGUAACUUCAGACCUUUGCUCGCAAAUAUUGCAUUCUCAUGAGAUACCCAGUGAUACUUUGGAAACGAAUGAUGUUGACAGUAUUGAAACUAAAAUAGAGAGUUUGACCUUCACUAACAUUGAUGCAAAUGAUCCACAGAGUAAUAAUAAUUUUUUCAAAUUUAAAAUGCAAGAUAUGGAACAUAUAGAAAGGGGAGUUCACUGCACUAAAGGUAUAGAUAUGUAUGUUACGAACGACCGCGUUAUUCUCUUGGAUUGCCAACCUCUUUGGUCCCCUUCACUAAUUGACGAGUCCAACAGCAUAUCAAUGAAUCCAAGAUGUGCAAACAUUAUGACCGUUGAUUGUCUGGAGAUUGCCUCUUUCUUGAUGUCAAUCUGCCAUGUACUGAUUGCUGUACAGGAUUGGUUUGCGGAUUAUAAUUUCAUAAGGUACAUACAAACGGCGGAGAUGCUCAAGCCGACUCUGUCCGCAUCGAGCACGGUGCCCGCUGCCUCCGAGGGUACGGAGUCGACGAAUGACGGGGAAUCCCACCCGCACUUGCUGUUGCUGCAGAACAGGUGCCAAUUGGAGGACUUCACGCCGGAGUCCGUCAAGGCUAUGCAAGACCUCUACAGAAAGUCCUUUCAGCGGUCCAACCUGCAACUGAACUCCGGCAUGUACAUGUACAGCGACACAAACAGGAACGGCGCCCACGUGGACCAAGUGUGCAAGGGGUACAGUGUCGACACGUGUGGGCCCCCCAUCAAUCUGUUCCUUCUGCCCGACAUAUAUAGCGAUUAUGACAACAAGGACAUAUAUCGGGGCCAUCCGCCAUUCGAACAGUUGGCUGGGAGACUGCGCUGGCUGGUCUUGGGCGCCAAUAGACACCAGAUCACGAACGUGCCCAACCUGUCGGAGAAGGGCUGGUUCCAGUACUGCAGCAAGGCCUGGGAGACCAUAAGGAAAUGCACAUUCUUCAUAGAGUACGAAAGGCUGUUGCCG